CCUCUUCCGAGAAAGUGAAUCGGGUAAUCCCGCGAUGGCGUUUGCAGCGUCUGUGGCGUCUACACAUGAUAUAGGUGCAUUUGACCCCACUUCUAGCGCAUGUUAGAAAUAUACAGGUUCGUGCUUGCCGCCGAACACGGUCCGUCCACAGUUGCCAGUAAGCUUACCUACAGUGGUAGGCAGCUACCCCUGAAGUUCUUUCUAUCGAUAAAUUUACGAAGCUCUAGACCGCAGGUACUGUACAGCCCGAAUUCCAGCUUCGACUUCCCGUCGUCGAGCAACCGCUACUGUACUUUAUAAAUAACGUUUAUUGCCAAUAAUUCUCAGCCUUAACGGCGCUGAGUUCCCAAUUCAUCCCUCCCCCCCGCUACGUUACUCUUUAAAGACGUGACAAUUGGCCUGGCACAUCCACCUCAUAUCCGACAGCUCUCGCCAGCGGCUGAGAACCACACUAUUAGAAUUGGUUUCCCCUUUCUACUUCAACUUUCGAAUACGAGAUGGGAAGCAUAGAUAAGCAAUUGCCUUAUUGGCAUGUAAAUGUCCCCGAAAACGAGAGAACGGAGGAGUGCCCUGAAUAUCUUAGUACUUUGAGCGCCAAAGACAUCGGCAUCAUUGGCACUCCAGACUCCGAAUACCACGUCUCGACAUGGCUCGAAGUCCAGAAAAUCGUGACGGAGAACCGACUAGACACAUUUCGAAGAGUUCCAUCUGACCUUCGACGGUACCUAGAGUAUAUAUGGACGCUAAAGCGGGAUUACGGUAGUGUCAUGAAUUUCGUCCUAACUCAACGGCUACAUUGGGAAGCGCCGAUAAAGCCGAGAGGGAAACCCUUUGAGUUUGAAGACGAUGUCAAAAUCCUUUGGAACGAUUGGCCAUAUGGUAUUGAUAAGAGGAUAGUUCACCUUGUUGUCUGGACUAAGUUCGAUCUUGCUGAAGAUCCUGUCACCAGUGACCUCACGGACGAGGCUCGGGCCGAGAUCGACGGUUACGUUCGGAAGACUUUCGGAUCUAGGAUACCAAGUGAUCGCUAUAUCUGGUUCAAAAAUUGGAGGUCAUUGAAAUCUGUGCAUGCCGUAGAGCAUUUCCACGUGAUGCUCUUCGAUCCUGAUCCUAAAUUUGUCGACGAGAUCACUCACGGCGAUGUUCCUCAGUGUCGCAAAUUUUGA